CCAAAAGCCAAACUUUUUCCCCUCCCCUCUCGGCCUCUCCCCACCGCAAAUCCAGGCCAAACCUAGCAUUCCAAACCGAUCGACGAUGCCGCGCACGCUCCCCGCCGGUAAACCUCCGGCGCGAGCAACCCAGCCGCCGGAGCCCGCGACGCCGUCACCCAAGAGCAGGAUGGCCGACGCGCAGCUGCCGGAGCGCAAAAGGAAGGUCGCGCCAUCGGCCGGUCCGCCGAAGAAAAAGAACAAGAAGACCAGAUCGCCGCCGGCCGAGCCCGAGAAGAAACCUCUGCCUCUCCCUCUCCCGUUCGAGCAUGCCCGGACACCCGGCGACGAGGCCCCGGUGCGGGCAACCCAACCGCCGGACCCCGCGAAGAGCAAGCAUCCGCCGUCAGCCAAGAGCAGGGAGGCCGAUGCCCAGCUGCCGGAGCGCAAGAGGAAGACCGCGCCAUCAGCAGAUCCGCCCCAGAAGAAAGACGAGACGACAUCGACGCCGGCGGCCGAGCCCGGGAAGAAGCCUCUCCCGUCCGAGCACGCGUGGACGCCCGGCGACGAGGUCAAGAUACUCGAGGCCCUGGCGGCGCAUCGCCAGGAGAACGGCAAGCUGCCGAGAACCAAGGUGCUCUUCUCCUCCCUCCAGCUGCAAGGCCGCUUCGACAACAAGGGCUUCAGCCUGCCGGACCUCCGGCAGAAGGUGCGCAGUCUCAAGGGCCGGCACGACCACGAGGCCAUCAACGGCGUCCCUGCCAAAGAAAAUGAGUGCAGCCUCUGCCACCUCUCCAAGACCAUCUGGGGCACUAUUGCUACGAGCGGUGGUGAAGCAAGCGCAAAAGUGCCAAACGCGGGCAAGACAUUCGAUGAAAUGUGCCAGUUGUACCCUUGUCUCACAGAUGAGGUGACACACAUUGUGGAUGAACCCGCAGUCUUGGAGAGACUGCUCUUGGACUUUGAUGAUACCAAGGCACGUGCAUUGGACUCCAAAAUCGACAACCUCAGGAAAGAGGUCACCGAGGCUAUCAUGGAAUCGGCAAAGAGGCAAAACCUUGAAGUGCCUAAAGUAUGGCAGUGCCCAUGCACUAAGCUUCAGCCAGCAAAGUCGAGAACACAUAAUGAAAGCAUACUUUUGGUAGAGCGCUUGGAUAAAAUUGAGGGUGCGGGUGUUGAGAUGCAGGAGCAAUUGAAAAGAAUUAAACUUGAAAUGGCAGAACUAAAAAAAAGUUCAAAGGUGAUAAGAUGUGAUUCUGCUGCGAGUGCACCUCACUCAGUUGUAGCGGAAAAACAGUUUUCAGGCAAUGUACUGCAAAGGAAGAUAGAGGCGCAAGGGAAAGUACCUCACUGCAAGAAUAGGGAGGUUACCUCUAAGUAUCGGCCUCCCCGCAAUUUAGUGCGAAAUACGACAUUGGUGCCGAAAAGUAUGCCUCGUGUUAGGAGAGAGAAGAUUGAUGCUGAAAGUCAGAUUCUGCAUGAUGUGGAACAGAGGAAGGUAGUUGCAUGUGCACAACAAGGCUUUUCGCAUGAUUUGAAUGUGGAGGGUGGGAAAGAGGUCUUUUUACUUUCGUAUCUAUGGCCACAUCGUCGAGUAGCCAAGGCUACUCUUCAAACAUCUUGUACAUCUACAAUAGUUGGGGACAAAGCACUUGGACCUGGAUGUUGCCUAGUGUUGGUCAAUCAAGUGUUGGAUGGAAAGGCUCCUCUGAUACGCCCUCUCAGGGACAUAAACACAAUGAAUGAUGCACUUGGACAUUCUAUUGCAUGGACGCGUCAGCAAAUCCAAGAUGAUACUACUGCUGCCAUAGUAGCACCUAACCAAGCAUCUCUAGGCAAGAGGGAUGAAUAAGUACCACCUUUUGCGCCUGAGCUGAACUCCGGAUCAUUUUGUAUAUGAUAGUGGGUCUUAGUCUUAAUGUUAUAGCUUUUUGCGAGCUUUGCAUGAACGAGCUGGGCAGAUUAACUUGACAGAACCAGAUGUAUCAUACACGUUGUACAUCCUUCUUUUGGUUAUUCUAGGCUAAUUGAUGUGUCGCAGCAGCGACUUGCAAACUUAGUUAGGUCUAUCUGACCCAGCAAAGCUGAU